AUGUCAUCUACCAUUUCUAAAACCAUAAAGUUCAAUCCAGCAACUGACAAGCUGGUGACAGUUGCAUGUGGCUGUUUCUGGGGUACCGAACAUAUCUACAGAAAGCAUUUAGGUGAUAAAAUUAUUGAUGCUAAGGUCGGCUACGCCAAUGGGGAAGAGUCAAAGAAAGAUCACGAUACUUCUAUAUCAUAUCAAAGGGUCAAGAAGGGAGACACAGACUUUGCGGAAGUAUUACAAAUAUCAUACAACCCUAAGAUUAUAACAUUAAAGGAAUUGGCUGAUUUUUUUUUCAGAAUCCACGAUCCAACAACAACAAAUGCACAAGGUCCUGAUCAAGGUACUCAAUACCGUAGUGGUUUAUAUGCCCACUCAAAGGAAGAUUUAAGUGAAUUAGAAAAGAUCAAACAAGAAUGGCAAUCUAAAUGGGGAAAUAAAAUUGUAACCACAGUGGAACCAAUCCACAACUUCUACGAUGCUGAAGAAUACCAUCAACUUUACCUUUUCAAGAACACAGAGGGCUACGCAUGCCCAACUCAUUACGUAAGAGAUAUUUAA